AUGAGCGACCAGGCUGACGAUCCAAUCACGGUCUUCUGGGAUCUCGAGACGGCAGGGCUAAACCGCUCAGCGGCGGGUAGCCUCUCUACCUACGACAUCGUGGACAAUAUCUGGGCUGCAAUCUCGAGGCAUGGUGUCAUAAAGACCCUGAGGGCAUAUUGGGAUACCACGACCACAUCCCUCACAAGUGCUUCACGAAUCCGUUCAGAGCUAGCGUCGUCUGGGGUUUCGUUGAUCGACUGUCCGGGAGAAGGGAGACAAGGAGCUUCCACCAAGCGGCUUUUAGUCGAUCUCAUCUGCUAUGCAUGGGAUAGCAGACCUACCUCGACUAUCUGCGUCAUCACCGAGGACCGUGACGUCGCAUACGCCAUCGCGACGCUGCGCAUGCGGAAAUACCGUCUUUUACUCAUGGCACCAGCAGGUGCCCACCAGGAUUUGACGUCGCAGGCGUCGGUCCAGAUGGACUGGAGCAGAUCGAUCCUCGGCACCCAUGGCACCGGCCCAAAUGACCGCGACGAUGGAGACGAGAAGCCGCCACCGUCAUCUCGCCCGCAAGGAUCUUUUGCAGAGCAGAUGGCCCCUCAUACACCUCCGCCCACUGCACCGCUCAAUGCACGUUUUAAAACAUCAACGACAUUUGGACCAGUGCACGGCAGAUCUGCACCUUCUGUCGAGAUGCAAGACCUGCCCCCUCGCGGUCGAAGGAAUUCCGUGUUUCAAAAGGUCUACGCCUCAGAUUACAAUGGUUCUGGCAGUUUUGGAGACGGAUUCAUGUCACCUCCGCCGAGAAACAUUCCUUCAUUCGGGCUUGGGGAUGGCCCUCUGUUUCUUAGGCCUCAGUCACGACUCAAGCCAUCUCGUUCGGAUUCGGCACCACCGAACGUAUUUUAUUCAAGCCUUCCUGCAACCCCUCCUCCAACGACGCCUCGACCCUACUUCGCAGACGCAGUUCCUGAACCGCCGAUCCCUGCGCUGACCGCAGCUUCGAAAGGGAAGGAAAGAGCAUUCCCAAUCCACGCUAGAGGCGAUGUUGCUCCUCUAGUCCCGUCAUCCCCAACUCCAUACGCCCCUACAUUCCAACCCUUCGAAGAAGCCCGAUCGCCUGAGACGACACGAACCCUGACCCCUAAGAAAGACAUCCGAGCGCAGGCAGCCUCCGUACGAACCGUUUCCUCUAGCUCCAACUCUAGCACCAUAUCUAGAGGUGACAGUGUGUUCUCGGUGAUCGAACGACCUGACGCAUCCACUGCACCAACCUCUGCGGAGCGUCUAGAUGGAGAUCACAACAAGAAGCAACUUCUGGAGACUUUGUCGCCUCAGAUCCACAAGACAUCAGCCUCUCGACCUCCAAGUUCUCAUUGCCAAGAAGGCCCAUCUUCGACAGGAAGUGUAGCCGCUGCCGUCACAUCUGCUGCAACGAAGGCCACCCCCCGAGGGCCUCUCAAGCCUGCUCCCCCGCCUACGCCUUCAGCAGAACCAGCUGGCGCUUCAACAAGCACAGCUGCAGUACCCAAAGCCCUUCCAUUAGCCAGCACGGCUGUUGGGGACUCAAGACCGGCUCCACCGAUGAUUUGGGCUCCUUUAGUCACUAUCCUUCGUAGGACAGGUGGUAACGCCAGCGGCUCCUCCCUCGGCAGUCUGCUCUUGAAGGCCGACCCGAGCGCAUAUAAAAAAGCUGGCGUUUCCAGGUUGAAGCCUUACCUCGAAGCAGCUGUGGCCGCUGGCAUUGUCAGAACCACUGGUUCAAUGUCGAGCAUUCAUGUACACUUGGCUGCCCCCUAUGGCUAA